AUGACGAGUACGUUUAGUGCAGCAUCCUCCAAUCCGGCGGCGGGAGUUGAAGGCGUUUUAGGUAAAAGCUAUGAUCAACUUUCUUCAUCUUCCGAUCUAGAAAGGACAGAAUCUUCUUCUUCAUCCAUUACCGUUCACCCUUUAAGUGAAGAAAGAGGCGGAAACGAUGAACCAAAAGCUUCCUCUUCUUCAACAGCUUCAUCGCCAACUUAUCAAUCAAUAUCUUCUUCUUCCGCUCGUAAUACAAACUCAACUGCUGCUUCAUCCAUGCAAACGGCGGAUUCACAUUCGAGCUCCUUGCACGGAGCAAAGAAAGGAAGAGAUGGCAACGGUAAGCAGUACGAGCAUUACCAGACGUCGAACUCGCAUUUCACAAACAAUGAAGGCUUAAAGGCGAAUGGAUAUGCACGUAUGGAUGAUGGGCAGACUUCCGGAUCGGCAUCUGAUCGUAGUGCGCAGAAAAAUGACAACAGAUGGGAUUCAACGCGAUACGAAGAUGAAGAGGAUGAAGCUUUCAGCAUUCAUGACGAAGAGGCACCGAUUCAAUAUCCGCCAUUCUCAGAAGAGGAAAGAGAAGCAAGAAGGAUUGAGCAAAAGCUGGAGAAAUGGGCUGCGGAAGAAAAGAUGAGAAGGAAAGCAAAGCGAUCAUCCAGAACGGCGUCAAUACUCGGUCCUCCAACAGCCUCGUCAAACAAUAGGCUAAGCAAGCGCUUAUCUGUGCUUGGAGGUCUUGGAUCGAAAAACCAGCCAACAUUACCAGAACCAGUGCCUGCAGCUUUUCAAGAUGGUGAUUCUACCAAUCCAUAUGGAUCGCAUGAAAAGAGAGGCAGUGUUGUAGGAAGUUCAGAUGCUUUGGUCGACCAUAGAGGCAACCGAUCUUCUCGAUGGACACGCGAAGGCUCUACACCCACUUUGGAAGAUGUAGCGGAAUCAGGCCAAGACGAGAACAUGUAUUCCUCGUCCAUCUCUUCUUCUCGAAAAGGAAAAGCAAGAGAGUUAAGCGACCCCUUCAGAGAUCCAAGUAAUGCGCCUUCACCUCACCGCAUCAAGCCAUCAGCACGGCAUCCGAUUGUAACGCCUGGAAGAGCACCUACGAUGAGGCAUCUGGCUGACAGAAAGAGAAUGCCAAGUGAGGGUAUGCCAGCGAUUAUUGCAACUGAUGCAGAUGAGGAAAAAGAAGCACAGGCUACGUUGGCCAGAUUUCAGAGUUUAGAAGAUGAUCCGUUUCAAACGCCAACUGAAAAAGCAGCAGAAAAGCGAUAUACGAUGCAAAAGAGUAAUUCAUCUUAUACCAUUGGCUCAACGGUUGAUACAACGGAUGCGAAUAAGAGAAAGAGUACUGCUUCACGUUUUAACGAGAUCGGAUUGGAUGAUGGAGAAGAGGCGGGCGGUUGGCCAGACGAAGAUGAAAGCGGACAAGAUUCAAAAGAUGAAACGCUUAAAGAUGAUGAUAAUGCGGGAUAUGCAAAUCGUCUAAACGUUCGUCCUCAAGAGCAAAACCCUCCUCCACGUGCUCCAUGGUGGAGUGAAUGGUUAUGUGGUUGUGGAACACCAACCGAGGCUGAUUUGGAACAAUCUGGACGUACGUUCCCCGAAUGA